AUGGCUAAAAGUUCAGUCAAGGCUUCGGCCAAGUCUCCCAAGAGCGUAAACACUGUUCCUCCCCAGUUGAUCGCCUCGGUUGCUGCUUUCCUCGCCGAGAACUUCCCUCAGACCGCCGCCACUUUCAACAAGGAAUUGGUCAAAUCGGGCAACAAGACUGAUAACAAGAAUGUUGCUUCCCUGCUCGACCUCUUCCAGGCCUCUGCCGUGAAGAAGGCUGCCUCGACCAGCCCCGACAGCAGCGAUAGCGAGUCGGACGUUGAAAUGGGAGAUGCUAGGUCGUCUUCCUCUUCUUCCUCUUCCUCUUCUUCCUCUUCCUCUUCUUCUUCUUCCUCCUCUUCUUCUUCCUCUUCUUCCUCCAGCUCGGAGAGUUCCAGCUCCGACAGCGACGCCGACGAUGAGGACGAUGACAAGUCCCCCGCGGCCCCCGUUCCUGCCAAGAAGCCUUCCGGCGUGAAGCGCAAGGCCAAGUCCAGCAGCUCCUCUUCCGACUCCUCUUCUGAGUCUGAGGAUGACAGUCCCAAGGCCAAGAAAGCCAAGGUCUCUCCUAAGGAGGCUUCCAAGGACCCUUCUUCGUCCUCGUCUGAUUCCUCUUCUUCUUCGGACUCUUCUAGCUCCGACUCCGAUUCCUCGAGCUCUUCAUCCGACUCCUCUAGCUCUUCAUCCGAUUCCUCGAGCUCUUCGUCCGACUCCGACUCCGACUCCGACUCUUCAUCUGACACCAGCAACACACUCGAAGCUGCCCCCGUCGUUGUCGAGAAGACCGUGAAAUUUGAGCAGGCCCCCUCUUCAAGUGCCAGCCCUGCUCCGUUCAACGGCCAAGGCAAGAAGAAGCACACCGGAGCCCGCCCUACGCCUCUGGCUCUGCUGAGUGAACUGCCCCACGACCACCCCUCCAACGACUAUAUGUCGUACGCGUACGCAGACCGCGCCUUCCAGGACCUUUCCGUGACUCGCGGCAAGGGAUUCACCAAGGAGAAGAACAAGAAGAAGCGCGGCUCAUACCGCGGCGGCCCCAUUGAUAUCACUGGCGGCAAGUCCUUCAAGUUUGACGACUAA